CCCAACCAAAACGGUGCGUUGCAGUCUCUGCCUCUGUUUCUUCUGUGAACUGCGCAACAAGAACAAACAACCGCCACUCUAUCGUUAGAAAGAAAUGAAAGCUUUACAAACAGAAAUGUAUCAAUGAAAUUCAAUUCAAUGAGAAAUUAUUCUCUGUAAUGUAAGUUUGUAUCUUCUUCUCUCUUUUAAUUGAUGUAUUUGUAGAAUUCAAAUGGCCUCCCAUUUUUCCUUCAGCUCACCACUCCAUCUCAAAACCCAAAUUCAAAACCCCCAUAAAUCCCUCCCAAAGCACCGAACUUUCUCAUCCAUUUCAUGCCAAAACCAAACCCCAAUUCCUCAAAACAAUGAAGAAGAUGAACCCACCAAAAAAAGGAACAAAAUCACCCACUUAAAUUUUCUAUCUUUACCCAUUACUCUCACUAUAAUCUCCACUUCUUUAUCACCAAAACCAGCUCUUGCCGCCCCUGCAACAGCAAAAACAACUCAUAAAAAGAAGAAAACGCCCCAAGAAACUCUAACCCCUGAGCAGCUUAAACAAUGGAGCAAAGACCUCCCAAUUGUAUCCACUAGAUUGCCUUACACUGAGUUGUUGAAUCUUAAACGAAGUAAUGAGGUUAAGCAUGUAAUUAAGGCUCCUAAGGCUUGUUUGAGACAACAAGCUGAGCCAGUUUUGGUUGUGUUGAGUGAUGAUCAGGUUUUUAGAACUGUUUUGCCUUCUGUUGUUAGUAAUAAGAAGUUUUGGGAUGAGUGGGAUGAGUUAAAGAUUGAUGCUUUGUGUAUGAAUGCUUAUGCUCCUCCGGUUAAGAAGCCGGAGUUGCCGAGGCCGUAUUUGGGGUUUUUGUGGAGAGUUCCGGAGUUUAUGUUGUCGAAGUUUAAGCGUAAGAAGGAGUCGAAGAGAGCUAGGGUGAUGAGGAGUGCACGGGAGGAGUUUAGGAGGCAACGGGAGGAGGAGUUGGCGAGGAUGAGGGAGGAACGGGAGAUGAUUGAGAAGGUGAUGAAAAUGCAGAAGAAAGAGGAGCAGAGGAGGAUAAAGAAGGAAGCUAGGAAGAAGAAGCAUGAGGAGUCUCUGCGUGAUGCGCGGAUAAAUUACACGCGGAUGGGGAAUAUGUGGGCUGAUUUAGCGCAGGAUUCGAACGUUGCAACGUUGUUGGGCUUGGUGUUUUUUGUGAUAUUUUAUCAGACGGUGGUGCUUAGUUAUCGGAAGCAGAAGAAGGACUACGAAGAUAGGCUGAAGAUUGAGAAGGCGGAUGCUGAGGAGAGGAAGAAAAUGGGGGAGUUGGAGAGGGAGAUGAUGGGAAUUGAGGAAGAAGAGGAAGAUGAGAGCGAGGAAGGGAAGGGUGAGAAGAAUGCUUAUUUGAAGAUGGCUAUGCAGUUCAUGAAGUCAGGGGCUCGUGUAAGGCGUGCUAGUAAUAGGAGAUUGCCUCAAUACUUGGAGAGGGGUGUGGAUGUGAAGUUUACAGAUGUUGCAGGACUUGGGAAGAUAAGGCUUGAACUUGAGGAGAUUGUGAAGUUCUUCACACAUGGGGAGAUGUACCGGAGAAGAGGAGUGAAGAUACCAGGUGGCAUACUUCUUUGCGGGCCUCCUGGAGUGGGUAAAACCUUACUGGCCAAAGCUGUGGCUGGUGAGGCCGGUGUGAACUUCUUUUCUAUCUCAGCAUCUCAGUUUGUGGAAAUAUAUGUUGGAGUUGGUGCUUCUCGCGUGCGCUCACUGUACCAAGAAGCAAGGGAGAAUGCCCCAUCUGUUGUCUUUAUUGAUGAGCUGGAUGCUGUUGGAAGGGAGCGAGGCUUGAUUAAAGGCUCUGGUGGACAAGAACGUGAUGCAACUCUAAAUCAGCUUCUUGUAUGUUUGGAUGGGUUUGAAGGAAGAGGGGAGGUGAUCACUAUUGCUUCCACCAAUCGACCAGACAUUCUAGAUCCUGCACUUGUCAGACCUGGGCGCUUUGAUAGAAAAAUUUAUAUACCCAAACCUGGCCUUAUAGGCCGCAUGGAAAUUCUGAAGGUUCAUGCUCGUAAAAAACCUAUGGCCGAUGAUAUAGACUACAUGGCUGUUGCUAGUAUGACAGAUGGGAUGGUUGGUGCUGAGCUGGCAAACAUAAUUGAGGUUGCUGCAAUCAAUAUGAUGCGUGAAACGAGGCCUGAGAUUACAACCGACGACUUAUUACAAGCUGCACAAAUAGAAGAAAGAGGAAUGCUAGAUAGGAAGGAAAGAAGCCCCGACACAUGGAAGCAAGUAGCUAUCAAUGAAGCAGCCAUGGCUGUUGUCGCUGUGAACUUUCCAGAUCUCAAGAAUAUUGAGUUUGUCACAAUUUCUCCUAGAGCUGGCAGGGAACUUGGUUAUGUUCGGAUGAAAAUGGAUCAUAUAAAGUUUAAGGAAGGAAUGCUUAGUCGGCAAUCUCUCCUGGAUCACAUUACUGUUCAACUCGCACCACGUGCAGCUGACGAGCUCUGGUAUGGAGAGGGUCAGUUGAGUACGAUUUGGGCAGAAACAGCAGAUAAUGCAAGAUCAGCAGCACGAACCUAUGUCCUCGGUGGCCUUUCUGAGAAACAUUAUGGUCAGUUUAACUUCUGGGUUGCAGAUCGGAUUAAUGAAAUUGAUAUAGAGGCGCUGCGGAUUCUAAAUAUGUGUUAUGAGCAUUCAAAAGAGAUUCUGCAGCGGAACCGUAAGCUGAUGGAUGCCCUUGUUGAUGAACUUGUUCAGAAGAAAAGCUUAACAAAACAAGAAUUUUUUCAUCUAGUUGAAUUGCAUGGUUCUAUCAAUCCUAUGCCGCCAAGUGUACUCGAUCUUCGGAUAGCCAAGCGUGCCGAGUUUCAAGAAAUGAUGAUGAAUCAGAAGGAAACAAUUGUGAGCAAUUUAUAAGCAAGAUUCUUCGAUGAGCUGAUUGACUAUGCAAACUGCAGAACAGCAGUGGCUGUGUUCUCCAAGAAAACUUUGAAUGUCAAGUGUUCAGUGCUGGGGAAGUUUUGGAUGAAUCAAAUUUGUUGAGCAAUCCAAUACAAAUCAUUUGUUGUAGAACUAGUUAAUUAUUCUAUCAUUUUCAUAGGACGAGACUGUAGCGGUGUAUAUUCGGGUUAAAUCAAAUUAAAAUUUUGAUU